AUGAUUGUCAGGAUGCAUCUAAACACAAUCAAAAUGGCUUAUGCUAUUUCAAAUAAAUUGGCUGCAAACAAGAUCACCAAACUCUCUUCAAGGAUUAAAUAAAAACAAUCUAUAGAAGAUGUUCAUAAUCUAUAAGAUUUCUUAACCACUCAAAUCUAAGAAAACAAGCUCUAUAAUACAAUUCAUAGAACGUCCAAAUAUGAUGAUGGAUUUGAUGAAUUUUUAACAGAAUACAAAAAGAAGCAUAAAAAUAUAUUAGAUUUAACUCGCUAUGCAACAUCUCCUUUGAACAAAACCAAUUAAAUAAGAGAGGAAGAAUUCAGACAAUUACAAUCAUUUCUUGAUAAAAGAAAAAAAGCAUUAAAAAAUGAAAUUAUCAUCGAUAACAAUUAAGUGAAUGAUGAAUCAGAUCCUCAAAAUGAUAAAUUUGUAGAGACCCAAAAAAUGGAUCAAUUUUUUGUUAUUCUCAUUGAUAGAGACACUAAUACUUAAGUAACUACCCUAUAAAGAAUCAACUCUUUCAGACAAGUGAUUUUUAUUGGAAAUGGAAAUGGUGUUAUAGGAUAUGGAAAAGGAAAGGGCAAAGAUUUUGAAACUGCAUUACGAAGAGCAAAAAUAGAUGCCAAGAGAAAUUUAGUACCAGUAAGUCUUGAUUUAUGGCAUACAUGUCCUAUUCCACUAACUGGAAGAUUUAAUGAUGCAGAAAUUGAAAUAAACCCAAGACCAUUAGGAUUCAACGCUUAUGGUAAUCCCUAGAUUGCAUCAAUGCUAAUGCUGACUUGAAUUCAUCAUUGUAGCUUCAAGGUUAGAUCUAGAAAUUAAGUUCCUUAUUCUCUACUUUAUGCAUUUAUGUAGGCUGUAACAAAUAAUGCUACAGCUGAAGAAUUAAGUGAAGCCUCAGGUAUGAAAAUAUAUAGACAAAAUUGGGGUAAGAAAAUUGGCAGAACAGCUCCUUUAACAUUUGACGGUAUUUGAGAUUCUUUGUUUAAAAUAUGUAAUAU